AAAUGCCUCCUCGAUGACCCUCUUCCUUUUUUCCACAAGUAUUAUCAGGCAGGAGAUCUCAUCAUUGCUGGCAUCCUUUCUCAGAUCUACAUAUUUUCAAAUACAAUAACCUUUGAGAAGCAUCCAUCUCAGGAACUCUUGGAAGAACGCUUCCAUUUCAGUGAAAGCUGGACCUAUCUUGCUUCAGUAGAACUUCUCUUCAAAAUGGGCAGAUUCAUCCAUUAUUACAACAGAUUCAUCCCUAAUUACAAGUGUGGCAUGGAAAAUAUUCCAGUAGCAGUGAUUGGGGGACCCAACUCUUAUGUCUGUCUCCAUAUGGCAACCAUUCUGUGUAUAUACAAGAUUCCAUAGCUCAUAUAUGGGUCUGUCCCAGUGAUGAAUAGCAAAGCAGUUGGAGAUUUUUUCCACCAGAUGUUCCCAAAUGAGGCUCAUCAAUACACAGGAAUUCUCCACUUACUGUUGCACUUUGCAUGGACUUGGAUUGGGAUGAUUUCUCAGAGUGAAGAUAAUACAGAGAAAUUUAUAGAGAAUGUGGUUUCCAUGUUUUCGCAACACCAUAUCUGCUUUGACUUCUUAGAAAGAUUCCCAAAGCAAACUUUUUCCAGUCACAUCACUGAAAUGGUGCAAGACGGGUUUAAAACAAUGGAUGUUGUUAUGGGGAGCACAGCCAACGUGGUGCUCGUAUAUGGUGAAAUUCAGAGUAUGAUGACAUUGAGAAUAAUGUACAAUUUUGCAGCAUUUGAAGAUUUACCAAUGAUGGCCAAGGCUAAAGUCUGGAUUAUGACAGCCCAGACAGAUUUCACAUCAUUCCCCUUUCAAAAGGAUUGGGACAUAGAUUUUCUUCAUGGCAUGAUAUCAUUUGCAGUACACUCCGAGGAGCAUUUUGGAUUCCAGAAAUUUCUUCAGAUCAGAAACCCAGUUUCAGAAAAACAAGAUGGCUUUAUCAGGGUCUUUUGGGAAAAUGCAUUCAACUGUUUCUUCCCCAAAGCUGGGGUAGACAAGGCAGAUGAAGAAAUAUGUACUGGGGAGGAGAAGCUUGAGACUCUUCCUCGGUCUGUUUUUGAAAUGCGUAUGACUGGCCACAUCUACAGCAUCUACAAUGCUGUCUAUGCCAUAGCACAUGCUUUGCAUGCCAUGCAUUGCUCAAAAUUCAAUCAAACAGUGAAGGAAAAUGGACGACGACAAAAAUGUUUGAAUCGACAAAUGUGGCAGCUCCAGCACUUUUUGAGGAGUGUCACAUUUAACAACAGUGCUGGGGAAAUGAUUUCCUUUGACAAAAAUGGGGAAUUAAUAGGUGGAUUUGAUAUUAUCAACUGGGUCACUUUUCCAAACCAAUCCUUCCUGAGAGUCAAAAUUGGAAAUGUAGACCCACUCGCUCCUCCGAAUAACAGGUUUACUUUUCAUGAUGAUGCUACUGUGUGGCCAAUCAGAUUUAACCAGGUACUGCCUCUUUCUGUAUGUAAUGACCAUUGCCAUUGUGGUUAUAGUAAGGCCAAGAAGGAAGGGGAGCCAUUUUGCUGCUAUGAUUGCCUUCCGUGCCCAAAAGGGAAGAUUACAAACCAGGAGGACAUGGAUGACUGUUUCCAGUGUGUAGAAGAUCAUUAUCCAAACAACAACCAAGUUUUGUGCCUUCCAAAAGUUAUCACCUUCUUGUCCUAUAAAGAACCUCUAGGAACCAGUUUGGCUGCUUCUGCUCUUUCCUUUUCUUUCAUCACAGCUUCGGUUUUUGGGAUCUUCAUUAAGCACCAGGACACUCCCAUUGUCAAAGCCAACAACCGGAACCUCACCUACAUGCUCCUCAUCUCCCUCCUGCUCUGCUUCCUUUGUCCCUUGCUCUUCAUAGGCCAACCUGAGAAGCUAUCAUGCCUCUUUCGACAAACUGCAUUUGGCAUCAUCUUCUCCAUGGCAGUUUCUUGCAUUCUGGCCAAAACCAUCAUUGUGGUUCUAGCCUUCAUGGCUACUAAACCAGGGUCCAGGAUGAGGAAAUGGGUGGGGAAAAGACUGGAAAUCUUCAUUGUUCUUUCCUGUUGCCUCAUUCAGACACUGAUAUGUACUGCAUGGCUGACAAUCUCUCCCCCUUUCCCAGAUGUUGACAUGCAUUCAAUGAAUGAAGCAAUUGUCCUGGAAUGUAAUGAGGGUUCACCUCUCAUGUUCUACUGUGUCUUGGGCUUUUUGGGCUUCCUGGCUGUUGUCAGCUUCACUGUGGCUUUUCUAGCUAGGAAGCUACCUGACAGUUUUAACGAAGCCAAAUUUAUUACUUUCAGCAUGUUGGUUUUCUGUAGUGUUUGGUUGUCAUUUAUUCCAACCUAUCUUAGUACCAAAGGAAAAUACAUGGUGGCUGUUGAGAUCUUCUCCAUCUUAGCCUCUGGUGCUGGGAUACUAGGUUGCAUCUUUUCCCCCAAAUGCUACAUUAUUGUGGUGAGGCCUGAUCUGAAUAAAAAAGACAAGUUAAUGAGAAACAAAUAA